UGCACUUGCCAUUACCACCUCAGAUACCCCUCGUUGAAAAAUUACUCAAGAUUUAUUCCUCACCUCCUCAAAACAGGAGUGUCCUCCUCCAUCCAAUCGGCCAAGUGAGUGAGGAGGGAGUGAGGAUAAUAAGACCAUUAGUUGGCAAACACGCCACAUUUGAUAGAUUCCAUUGCUUGAAGAGAGACUUCAGUUGGAAUUCAAUAUCUGAAAGCUUCAUCAAAAUCUUCUCUAUCCUUCACCACUCUUCUACAUUUGAUUUCGUCGUGCAACUAUGAAUGCCACUCGUCUGAGGGAAAAUGAGACUAAUUCAGAUUUUGACAGUCCUUGGUCGAACUGGACCAUCGGUGGAAACAAUUCGUACUUCCUUCCCCCUCUUUGGCACUUCCAUCGUACUUUAGCCAGCAGACCUCGAAUUUUUCCCUCUGAAUUGAGCGCUGGACACGUCUUAGAAAUAGAUGGUGUGGACUUCAACGUCAGGGAAAAUGCGUCGAAACACGCCACUUCCACCUACGAAUUGGUUCAAACUCGACAAGCCAGUGUUCUUCGCCGUGGAGAGCCCUUCACAGUCAACCUGGUCUGCCAGAAACGGAAUUACGAUCCCAAUCGGGAUAGCAUCAAAUUCACAUUUGAAUUUGGUAGCCACCCAAGUACUCCUAAAGGAACCAAAGGGGUCUUUCAAUUGGAACACGCCGACGACACAACUUCUGGAGGCGAGAUGUCUGGUUGGCGAGCCAGAUUCAUUCGCAAAUCCGGUCCAAACGUGGAGGUGAGGAUUUUCACGCCCGCAGACUUGCCUGUGGGGCUUUGGCGGCUCUACAUCGACACAUGGUAUGAGAACCGAUGGAGCCAGAAACUCAGACACACUCACUCGGACCCCAUCUACAUGCUAUUCAACCCCUUUCACGCCAACGACUCCGUGUAUUUGCCAAAGGCGGCCGAGAGGGAAGAAUUCGUCUUGAACGAAGUGGGCAAGAUUUACGGUGGCAGCCAUAACCGUGUCAAAGGCCGUCCGUGGAUCUUUGGUCAAUUUCGGGACUCGGUUUUGCCAGCGGUGUGCCACAUCUUGGAAACGAAGGCCAAAAUCAAGGAUGCAGAUCGAGCCGAUCCCGUGCAAGUGACGCGAGCCAUUUCUGCCGUAGUCAACGCUUUAGAUGAAGAUGGGCUAUUAAUGGGACGAUGGGACGGGAACUAUGGGGAUGGAACCAAACCUUUCGAGUGGACGGGCAGUGUGGCCAUCCUAGAAGAGUUCAUGAGGACCCAGGCGUCCGUGAAAUACGGCCAAUGCUGGGUGUUUGCCGGCGUAGUCACAACAAUUUGUCGAUCCCUAGGGAUCCCCUGCCGUCCGGUUACCAACUACAUCUCGGCUCAUGACACCAACCGGAGUCUGAGUGUGGACAAGUUCUACAAUGAGGCGGGCGAGGAGGUCACGGAGCACUCGCUCCACGAUCGAGGGGCACCCCCCGACUCCAUCUGGAACUUUCACGUCUGGAAUGAAGUCUGGCUGCAACGGCCGGACCUGGUGGCUGACUACAGCGGCUGGCAAGUCAUUGACAGCACGCCCCAAGAACCAUCGGAGGCCACUUAUCGCUGCGGUCCAGCUCCGGUCGAGGCCGUCCGUCGAGGUCAGGUGGGACUCAGCUAUGACGUGACCUUCGUCUUUGCUGAGGUCAAUGCCGACCUGUUUGUCUAUGUCCCUGACCCGAAAUCCGUGUGGGGAUAUCGACUCUCGGAAACCAGCACUGAUCAUGUAGGCCAGUUGAUCAUCACCAAAUCCUUGGGCUACUUGAGCGAGACCAACGAUGAUGACUACGACACCCGCACUGAGGCUUACAAGUAUCGAGAGGGCUCGAUGUCAGAGCGAUUGUCGGUGAUGGGAGCGGUACGAUCAGUGGGCGGGAACGCUCUCCAUCACCGAUAUCCGGGACCCGCCCAUCAGGACGUUUUCUUGCAAAUGAUCGAUUUGGACCAAGGGGUGUAUGGCGAGCCUUACAAGGCCAGUCUAUUUCUUCAUAACCAAUCGAGUAAGGAGAGGACGAUUCGUGUGGUCAUGUCCACGAGCUCGGUCUUCUACACUGGACGCAAAGCCCAUCUGGUCAAGAAAGGCGUGGGCGAAUUCGCGCUCAAGGCUUUUGAAAGAGAGACGCUCUCCAUGGAAGUCUUACCCGAGGAUUAUAUGCCCAAAACCGUUGAGUAUUGCAUGUUUAGCAAUCGGUUCUUGGUUACGGUGGCCGAAACCGAACAGACUUGGACGGGCGAGGACGACUUCCUUUUGGCCAAACCCAGUUUGAAAGUGAGCGCCCGACCCGAAUUACCACGAGCUCAUCGAUCAUGCCACAUUUUGGUCCGACUCACCAAUCCCUUGUCGGACAGUGCCUUGACCGAGUGCGAGUUCAGCAUUGAGGCUCCGGGCAUGGUGGAAUCGCUCAAGAAGCGUUUCAAAGAUAUCUCACCUGGCGAGACAGCGGAAGUGUCCUUGACCGUGACGCCGUGGCGCUCCGGGUCGACAACUAUUGUGGCCGCCUUUAAUUCUUUGGAGCUCUUCAAUCUGACCGGCAGCAAAAAGGUCACGGUGGUAUAGAUACGGCCGGCCAUCUCCGGAUCGCGAAAUAAUGGAAUAAAAUAUGUUUCAAUAAAAACCUAAAUCUAGCUGACCGGAUCUAGGAGUGCCCAGAA